AUGGUUUUGCCUCACGAACCCGAAUUUCAACAAGCUUACGACGAAUUGGUGUCGGCCGUCGAAGACUCGACCCUCUUCCAGGAGAACCCCGAGUACAAGAAGGUCAUCCCCGUGGUGUCGGUCCCCGAAAGAGUGAUUCAAUUUAGAGUUGCUUGGGAAAACGACAAGGGUGAGAUCGAGGUCAACAACGGGUACAGAGUGCAAUUCAACUCGGCCCUUGGUCCUUACAAGGGGGGUUUGAGAUUCCACCCUUCGGUCAACUUGUCGAUCCUCAAGUUCCUUGGUUUCGAACAAAUCUUCAAGAACGCCUUGACCGGGUUGCUGAUGGGUGGUGGUAAAGGUGGUUGUGACUUUGACCCCAAGGGCAGAUCCGACGCCGAGAUCCGCAGAUUCUGCUUUGCUUUCAUGAGAGGCCUUUCGAGAUACAUUGGUGCCGACACUGACGUCCCCGCCGGUGACAUUGGUGUGGGUGGCCGUGAAAUUGGGUUCCUCUUCGGUGCCUACAAGGCGAUGCAAAACAACUUCACCGGUAUCCUUACCGGUAAGGGUUUGCUGUUUGGUGGUUCGUUGAUCAGACCCGAAGCCACCGGUUACGGUGUCGUCUACUACGUGGAAAAGAUGAUUGAAAAGGCCUCGCAAGGCAAGGAAUCGUUCAAGGACAAGAGAGUCGCCAUCUCCGGUUCGGGUAACGUCGCCCAAUACGCCGCGUUGAAGGUUAUUGAACUCGGCGGGAUCGUUGUGUCGCUUUCGGACUCCAGGGGUACCUUGAUCUUCCCCGACAACGUCAACGCCGGUCAAGUGAGAAUCAUCGCCGACUCCAAGCUCAAGUUCAAGUCGCUUGAACAAAUCGCCAAGGACAACGCCGACUACUUCCAAGGCGUCGAAUACAUCGCUGGCGCUAGACCCUGGGAACACGUUGGUGCCGUCGACGUCGCCUUGCCCUCGGCCACCCAAAACGAAAUCUCGGGUGAAGAAGCCAAGGCCCUCGUCGACGCUGGCUGCAAGUUCAUCGCCGAAGGUUCCAACAUGGGUUCGACCAAGGAGGCCAUCGACGUCUUCGAAGCCAACAGACCCAACGGUGUCUGGUACGCCCCCGGUAAGGCUGCCAACUGUGGUGGUGUCGCCGUCUCCGGUUUGGAAAUGGCCCAGAACUCGCAAAGAGUCCAAUGGACCGCCGAGGAAGUCGACAGCAAGCUCAAGAACAUCAUGUACACCUGUUUCGACAACUGCUACAACACCGCCGUCAAGUACUCGAACGAAAAGACCGACGGGUUGCCUUCGUUGUUGAAGGGGGCCAACAUCGCCGGUUUCAUCAAGGUGGCCGACGCCAUGUUCGACCAAGGUGACGUUUUCUAA